CUUUGACGCUUCGUCUUCUGACGUCUUCUCUUGUCAAUCUUCUUCACUUUCCCAUCUAGUCUCAAUCUCUGGUUCCUCAAUUCGAAUUUAGAUAAUAAUCAUAUUUUGAUUCCAACGCAAAUGCCAAUCUAUUCUUUUGACGGUAGAACAUUCUGUUUUCAGAUGACCAAAUCCUUGACAUCCAUACCACUGUAUGUUCAACUUCUCAUCUUCUCUAGCUUCAUUCCACACAAUAAAGCUAUUGGAUAUGCAAAAAGAUUCAUGAGGGUUUCCAAUUAAACAAUAACUCAAAAUGAAGGUUUCGUUUUCUUCACUAGUCCCUUGAGUCAUCAAAUUCUUCAUUGCCCUGGAGAAGUCUGGGAAUCUCUCUAUGAGCCGGCAUCAAUUUUUUCAUUAAUAUAAAUCUUGGUGUUCAUUGUCUAAAUCAUUCACAUCUUUGUCUUCAACAAAGUCUGUAAAAUCUUCUUCCAUCUUCUUUCUCUGAUCCAGAAUCACUAAAGACACUACUUCUGAAGCUUAGUGAAGGAGCUGCAGACCUUGGUCCUUUGGAGCAUCAUCUACUAGUUCUAACCAUGACGAUACCUACAUAGUUAGGUUUGGAUCAAACAUUUCGGCGGUCAAAGGUUGGUGAACUGCAUCACUUCUCUGCAUAUUCAUGCUUUUCAAGAAAAGCUAUUCAAUACAUCAUCACUGGCUAGUAUGGAGAAUCUUCAUCAUCUCUAUGUCGAAAGUAGUCAUGUCUAGGAGAUGUAUAUAUUGCAGGAAAGCUAAAUGGACUAGUCUAAUUUAAACAAUCCGACAAUUCCAUGCUUUACCAGUCGUCUCUCAGACGUGCUUAUACCUGAGUGCAUAAAUGAUCUGGCUUGGCUUCUGUUUGCCUUCAGAUUAGAUGUUCAGAUUAUGUGUCAUCAAUUUUUCAAAAUUUAAAGAAAGAUGUGUAUUCUACUCUUCUAAUGAUCAAAUCUCACAAAAAAAAAAUCUUUUCUUUUCCUUUCAAACUAUAAAAUCAGUUCAGCUUAAAAUAAGUAUAGACAUAGGAUAGACAUAUAUGGAGGAGAAACCUUAAAAUAAGUUCAGCUUCUUUAGAUAUUAAUAAGUAAUUAGGUAGAUGGGGUGUUAGGGAUAUUCCCAGCAGAGAGGUUAUACCUCUCAAUUUCAUUCAGUUCCACAAUUGUCAAGUUUUUUUUUUGCUUCUUCUUCUUAUUCUUUAGUGAUGUGGGUUAGUCAUAAGUUGUUCACUGGCUAAAAGCAGAGUCCAUGGCUUCUUUUUAUGUUGUUCUCUCUUUCUUCUUGUAAUUUGUGAUAUCUUCAUUUGGAUUUCUUUUUCACUACUUUUCUUUUGCAUUUUUUUCUUUCUCCAGUGUGUUGUUCACUUGGAUUAUGUUUUUCAUCAUUUCCGUAUCGUAUUACUUCAAAGUUAAAACGGAUUGAAUUAAUCCUUUUCAAACUACAUAUUUUUACACAAUCAACAGUGUAUGCUUUUUGGUCUUCGUAAUUUAGAGGUCAGUUCUAUUUUCAAUUUAUUUAGUUACAAGACUUGAUAUCAGAGCGACAAAGGACUUACAUAGUUCUACCACUUUGCUGUGGGAUGGUAAAAGAUACUAGUCUAAUAGUCUACACGAAAAUGAAAGAUUUGUCAUUUUGAAAAGUCAUUAGAUGCCAUAUUAUUGCCAGACACUAAUUUGUAUGGACUCUAGCUACCAAAAAAAGAAGAGAAAAAUCAAAGUCCUUCAUAUGGAAAAUGGGUGGUCUGAAAAUCAGUGACAGCAAUGUCUUUUAUUAUCUUCUAUCUUUCUUUGAUAAUCUCAACCCACCCGUAUUGGAGCAAGAUGUUAUCUAAAACACUUCUUCACCUUCAGCUUUAGCUUUAGCUUCGUUGUUGCUUACUGAAACUUUUCUCUCUUAACUUCACCAUGGGAAAUUUUGUGUGUAUAGAAAUUUCUGGUGAUCAAAUGCUGGAUCGUAUCAUUAGAUGCUUAUGUGGUAAAGGUUAUAUUCGAAACCUCGAGAAGAAUCUCAGAGCUCUGCAGAGGGAAAUGGAAGAUCUAAGAGCAACUCAACAUGAGGUACAGAACAAGGUAGCGAGAGAGGAGUCACGCCAUCAACAAAGGCUUGAAGCUGUCCAGGUAUGGCUUGACCGUGUCAAUAGCAUUGAUAUAGAGUGCAAAGAUCUGCUAAGUGUUAGUCCCGUUGAGCUUCAAAAGUUGUGUCUCUGCGGUUUAUGUUCAAAAUAUGUAUGUUCAAGCUACAAAUAUGGGAAAAGGGUGUUUUUGUUAUUGGAAGAGGUUACGAAACUAAAAUCGGAGGGAAAUUUUGACGAGGUUUCUCAGCCGCCUCCAAGAUCUGAAGUUGAAGAGAGGCCUACUCAGCCUACGAUUGGUCAAGAAGAAAUGCUCAAAAAGGCAUGGAACCGCCUUAUGGAAGAUGGAGUCGGAAUCAUGGGUCUGCACGGUAUGGGUGGUGUAGGCAAAACAACCCUUUUCAAGAAAAUCCACAAUAAGUUCGCUGAAACAGGUGGUACGUUUGACAUUGUGAUCUGGAUCGUGGUGUCUCAAGGCGCAAAGCUUUCAAAGCUUCAAGAAGAUAUUGCAGAGAAAUUACACCUUUGUGACGACCUGUGGAAGAACAAGAAUGAAAGUGAUAAGGCCACCGAUAUACACAGAGUUUUAAAGGGAAAGAGAUUUGUUUUGAUGCUAGAUGAUAUAUGGGAGAAAGUGGAUUUAGAGGCCAUUGGUAUUCCCUAUCCGAGUGAAGUAAAUAAAUGCAAAGUAGCAUUCACCACCCGAGAUCAAAAAGUUUGUGGGCAGAUGGGGGAUCAUAAGCCGAUGCAAGUCAAAUGUUUGGAACCAGAGGAUGCAUGGGAGUUGUUCAAAAACAAGGUCGGAGACAACACAUUACGUAGUGAUCCUGUUAUUGUGGGGUUGGCAAGAGAGGUCGCUCAAAAAUGUCGUGGUCUGCCAUUGGCGCUCAGUUGCAUUGGUGAGACAAUGGCAUCUAAAACUAUGGUACAAGAAUGGGAGCAUGCAAUCGAUGUUUUGACUAGAUCCGCUGCAGAGUUUUCUGACAUGCAAAACAAAAUUCUUCCGAUUCUCAAGUACAGCUACGAUAGCUUGGAGGAUGAACAUAUCAAGUCGUGUUUCCUAUAUUGUGCUCUGUUUCCCGAAGAUGAUAAGAUAGAUACCAAAACCUUGAUAAACAAAUGGAUCUGCGAAGGAUUCAUCGGAGAAGACCAAGUUAUAAAAAGAGCGAGGAAUAAGGGUUAUGAGAUGCUCGGUACCCUUAUCCGUGCUAAUUUACUAACAAAUGAUCGUGGGUUCGUGAAAUGGCAUGUUGUGAUGCAUGACGUGGUUCGUGAAAUGGCUUUGUGGAUUGCAUCCGAUUUUGGGAAACAGAAAGAGAAUUAUGUUGUGCGAGCAAGAGUCGGGUUACAUGAAAUACCAAAAGUCAAGGAUUGGGGAGCUGUAAGAAGAAUGUCACUAAUGAUGAAUGAAAUUGAAGAGAUAACAUGCGAGUCCAAGUGUUCUGAACUUACAACUUUGUUCCUUCAAAGUAAUCAAUUGAAGAAUCUAUCAGGUGAAUUCAUUCGGUAUAUGCAAAAGCUAGUUGUUUUGGAUCUUUCACAUAAUCCUGACUUCAAUGAACUUCCAGAGCAGAUAUCGGGGCUGGUCUCGUUGCAGUAUCUUGACUUGUCGUGGACAAGAAUAGAGCAACUGCCUGUUGGUCUCAAAGAGUUGAAAAAGCUAAUUUUUCUGAAUUUAUGUUUCACCGAGCGACUUUGUAGUAUCAGUGGGAUAUCAAGGUUGUUGAGUUUAAGAUGGUUGAGUCUGCGAGAGUCUAAUGUUCAUGGAGAUGCUAGCGUAUUGAAGGAGCUGCAGCAAUUGGAGAAUCUACAAGAUCUACGCAUAACUGAAUCCGCGGAGUUAAUUAGUUUGGAUCAAAGGUUGGCGAAGUUAAUCUCUGUUCUGCGUAUUGAGGGGUUUCUUCAAAAGCCAUUCGAUUUAUCAUUCCUGGCGAGUAUGGAGAAUCUUUAUGGGCUACUGGUGGAAAAUAGUUAUUUCUCGGAGAUUAAUAUAAAGUGCAGAGAAAGCGAGACAGAAUCGUCUUAUUUACACAUCAAUCCGAAAAUUCCAUGCUUUACCAACCUCACAGGACUGAUUAUAAUGAAGUGCCAUAGCAUGAAGGAUCUGACUUGGAUAUUGUUUGCUCCAAAUCUUGUCAACCUAGACAUUCGUGAUUCAAGAGAAGUGGGAGAAAUAAUAAACAAAGAGAAAGCAAUCAAUCUUACAAGUAUUAUUACACCAUUUCAGAAACUAGAAAGGUUGUUUUUGUAUGGUUUGCCGAAGCUGGAGAGUAUCUACUGGAGUCCUCUCCCCUUUCCGCUUUUGUCGAACAUAGUUGUUAAAUACUGUCCAAAGCUGAGAAAGCUUCCAUUAAAUGCUACAAGUGUCCCACUAGUUGAAGAAUUUGAAAUACGUAUGGAUCCUCCAGAACAGGAAAAUGAGCUUGAAUGGGAGGACGAAGAUACCAAAAAUCGAUUCUUGCCUUCAAUCAAACCGUGGUGAGCUAGUACGUCGUCUAAAGAUCCAUUACUCAGGAAUGGGAUUCCUCAAUGUCAAAAAUCAGAAUCCACGCUUCUUCUUCUAUUGCUUUAUCUAUCUUCUUGUAGUGCAUUUGGAUUGUAUAAUUGAUUUGCAUUCUGACACUUCUGGAAUGUGUUGUGUUGUUCACUUGGAUUAUGUUUUUCAUUUUCCUUUUGUAUUCCCUAAAACGUUUUGCAUCCUUUUCAGACUACAUUUUUACACAAUCAAAAGUUUAUGCGUUUAGGUGAAAUCCAUUUGUUGGUUUCUCUUUCAUCUUGCAGUGUCCUUCUUCUAUCUGUUGUUUUCU